AAACUCAGCUGAGCAUUUAUAAAAUUGCAUUAAGCUUUCCAUUUUUUAAGAACUCUUUCUGCAUGAAGUGGAAAAAGUACAGCAGUCAGCAGUUUCCUUAAAUAUGUAGAACUACAGCAUUUGUUUGAGCGCUGCUGAGUUCUGGUGUCCCACGGACUCCCUGCUCCCUCCCACAGCUGGCUCACUGUGGAUGAAAGCUCUGGCUGCUAACCCUAACCCCGUGGUCAGUCUCUCCCUCCCGUCACCUUGGAGUUAAUGACUGCACUCACAGUUGGUGAUGGCGGGGGGGCACAGCGUUUAUUUGCCUCAGCUUCACAGCAUCUGCAGUCGUGCUUUCCCGUGUUGGCCCCUCUAGGCUGAGAUAGGUCUUGGUGGAGGUUGUUUGUCCAGCUUGAUCUUGGCAUGAGGUGAUAAAUGAUCUGCGCGGCCGCUGAUACUGAUCUGGCCUGUGCCGUGGUCCAUGCCAAUGUUUCUUUUUAUUUUCUAGUCAUCUUUUUCCCUUCACUAUUUGUCUCUGCUAAUCUCUCUGUUCCUUUCUCUCACUUUUUUGCUGGUAUUGAUGGGCAGCCCUGAGAGGUGCUGUGACAGUUUUGCAGGAAUCCCUGGAGACUUCAGACUUCCUCUGACAUGUACACCAUAAUCACUCACAGUGGGGAUCCAACAGCCAUGUGCCUUUUGAGAAGUCUCUUCUUGAGAGCCAUGAAUAUCCUGUUGCACGCCACUUGUGCCUCAGUAAACACAGAAGCGAGGCGAGGCGAGUGCUGUAAUGUAACAGGAGGAGCCGAGAUCCUCGCUUGCGCCUCCUGGAGUCUCCAGCUGUUCACAGAACUCCCCAGACGAUGCGGCUCGAGCAGGUUUCAGAAAUGGCUACCGAGGGAGCCACACUUUACCUGUUUGUGCCAGCUGAGGCCUUGCUGUGAUACAACACACCCACCUAUUGAUUUGUGUGUGAUGAGCCUGCUGUAGACAUUUCUCGUAUCCCUCUUUUGUCUCUACCCUCUUUUUCCUCCCCGCCCCCUGAGCGUGUCUCCGGGUCUCUCUGUGUUUCCGAGGCGUUCCACUCUGUCAGGCCCUCCCUCUCCCCUGUUGUUUGUCCUCUCUUUCUUUGAUGAGCCGUUCUCGGCCAGGCAAGCCAGCAGCUCCCCAUUGAUUGGCUGGUCGAUGGGUAGUGUGUUUUUGCCAGCGUCUAUAGCGGGCGUCCGGGCUCUGCAAAUUGAGCAAAGCCAAAAGAACGGCUUUCUUUGGAUCAAGGGACUGCUCUAAUGUCAACACAGACUAUGCUUGGAGACGGAAGAAGCAAGGAUUCGCUCAGCUCUCUGAAAACGACCGGUGGCAGACAGAUAUAUUCAUUACUACCUCUCCAUCUGCCAUUCUUACAUCUCUCUCUAUUUUUCACUACGUGUUUCUUUUUUACAGCUGGAGAGGACCACUAUGAUGCUCUUUAUUUGGUUUUUCUCCCAACCAGGUUCUGGAGCUGCACAAGUGAGGGUGGGAGGGGUUCUGCUGACAGGACAGUUGGAAGUGAGGCUGUGUGUGUGGAUUGUGUUGUUUGGGGAUUACUGGUACAUCUGAAAGGAAAUGGAAAUAGAUUUUAACCCAAGUCAGGCCAUUUUUCCCCUUCUCAUUUUCCAUUCGAGCCAUACGUUACGUGAGUAGCCAACCAUAACGCAGGCAGAUAACUUGCUUUAAAAAAUGAAGAGGAAGGACAGCGUUUUUUUUAAUCUCGAUUUUCUCUUUUUUCCUGCACCUGCUUUUCCUUUCAUUCUCUUUGCUUUUCCUCUUUUCUUACUGUCUUUCUGUUGUCUUUCUGUCUCCUUCUUUCUCCUUUUUCUGAUGCUUGAAUAGAAGUGGAUCAAAAAGUUUUUGUCUGCCCGGGGACGCUGCUGCAAGUGCAGGUGCCCAGCUCUCUUCAUGACACGGAGCACCAGUCAGGGGCAUGGUGCAAAGACCCUCUGCAGGCCGGGGACCGUCUGUACGUCAUGCCCUGGAUCCCUUACCGUACCGACGUGCUGUAUGAGUAUGCCUCUUGGGAUGACUUUAAACAGAACCGUGCCACCACCACCUACAAGUUACCAAACAGAGUGGAUGGAACUGGCUUUGUUGUGUACGACGGGGCGGUGUUUUACAACAAAGAGCGCACACGAAACAUAGUCAAGUAUGACUUACGAACACGCAUCAAAAGUGGUGAAGCCAUUGUCACAAACGCCAACUAUCAUGACACCUCACCCUACCGCUGGGGAGGAAAGUCGGAUAUUGACCUGGCUGUGGAUGAAAAUGGCCUCUGGGUGAUUUACGCCACUGAAUCCAACAACGGACGACUGGUGGUCAGCCAGGUCAACCCUUACACGCUGAGAUUUGAAGGCACUUGGGAGACCAGCUUUGACAAGAGGAUGGCCUCCAACGCCUUCAUGGCCUGCGGCGUGCUUUACGCGGUGCGCUCAGUCUACCAGGAUGACGACAGCGAAGCAGGAGGCGACCUGAUCAUGUAUGCCUACAACACCAACCGCGCACACGAGGAAACCGUCAACAUCCCCUUCCCAAACCCUUACCAGUACGUUUCCUCUGUGGACUACAACCCUCGAGACAACCAGCUUUAUGUAUGGAACAACUACUAUGCUCUGCGCUACCCGCUGGAAUUUGGACCACCAGAUCCCACUGUUGGACCUCUGACAACCACUCAAGUGACCACUACUCCUCCAGCGAGGCCGUUCACCUCCAGUGCCAGCCCCUCCACUGCCCGUCCUAUUGCCCCUACCUCGCGACCAAUCGGCCCCAUCAACAAACAUCCAGAUCUGCGUCCUAUCACGGCCACCGUCCCUGUCACACGCCGUCCACCUCUCCCUCCUCAAUACCCAGAACGGUAUUUUUGUGAGUCCAAGCAGGACCGUGGCAUUCAGUGGCCAUCCACCCAGCGAGGAGAAACUGUGGAUCGACCGUGUCCCAAAGGAUCUCUGGGCAUUGCUUCGUUCCAGUGCUUGGCAGAUGAGGUCACUUGGAACUCGCGGGGCCCUGACCUGAGUAACUGCACCUCCCCAUGGGUCAACCAGGUGGCACAGAAGAUAAAGAGUGGGGAGAAUGCCGCUAACAUAGCUGGCGAGUUGGUGAACCACACAAGAGGUCGGAUCCAAGCUGGAGAUGUCAUCUCAUCGGUCCGGCUGAUCGAGCAGCUGCUGGAUAUCCUGGAUGCCCAGCUUCAGGCCCUGAGACCGGGGAAGAAAGAGUCCGCUGGGCGAAACUAUAAUAAGUACCAGAAGCGAGAGCAGACAUGUCGGGCAUUUAUCCAGGCGGUGGUUCAGACGGUGGAUAACUUGCUCCGUUGGGAGGCUCUGGAGUCGUGGCGGGACAUGAACAGCUCAGAGCAGGCCCACACUGCCACCAUGUUACUGGAUGUUCUGGAAAAGGGAGCGUUCCUGCUGGCUAACAACAUGUACGGGAAUCGCUUCUCCGAUCGAGCCCCCAGCGUUGAUCUGGAGGUGCAUGUCGUCAACACAGAGAUGGACCUGCAGGACUUGUCCUUUCCAGAGAACUAUGUCAGCGACAGCACCAUCCAGCUCUCAGCGUCCACCAUCAAGCAGUACAGUCGCAACGGACAAGUAAAGGUGGUGUUCAUCCUGUAUAAAAAUUUGGGAUCCUUCCUGUCCACCGAGAACGCUACAGUGAAGAUGGAAUCGGAUGGAACAAACCUGGAGAGGAAGAGCUUGGCGGUAAACUCUCACGUAAUUGCAGCCUCCAUCAACAAGGAGUCCAGCAGGGUCUUCCUCACUCAGCCAGUGAUCUUCACACUCAAGCAUCUCAAGAUGAAGAGUUACUACACUCCAAACUGCUCCUUUUGGAACUACUCGGAGCGCUCCAUGACAGGCCAGUGGUCUUCCCAGGGCUGCAAGCUGCUGGAUGCAAACAGCACACACACCACGUGCUCCUGCAGCCACCUCACCAACUUCGCCGUGCUCAUGGCUCACCACGAACCCGAUGACCGGAUGCACGAACUGAUGCUUUUCGUGAUCACCUGUGUGGGCAUCGUGAUCUCCCUGGUGUGUCUAGCUAUCUGCAUCUCCACUUUCUGCUUCCUGCGGGGUCUGCAGACUGACCGCAACACAAUCCACAAAAACCUCUGCAUCAACCUCUUCAUCGCCGAGCUGCUCUUCCUCAUCGGGAUCGACAAGAUUGAAUACCAUAUUGCCUGUCCAAUCUUUGCUGGCCUUCUUCAUUUCUUCUUCUUGGCUGCCUUCUCCUGGAUGUGUCUGGAGGCUGUGCAACUCUAUCUCAUGCUCGUGGAGGUCUUUGAGAGCGAGUACUCACGCAAAAAGUACUACUAUCUGUGCGGCUACUGCCUCCCCGCACUGGUGGUGGGCAUCUCUGCAGCCAUAGACUACAGGAGCUAUGGGACCAAGAAAGCGUGCUGGCUGCGAGUGGAUAACCACUUCAUCUGGAGCUUCAUUGGACCUGUUUCAUUUGUUAUUAUGCUCAACCUCAUUUUCCUCAUGAUCACUCUUCAUAAGAUGAUACGCAACUCUUCUGCACUCAAGCCUGACUCAAGCCGCCUGGAUAACAUAAAGUCGUGGGCUCUGGGGGCCGUUGUCCUGCUGUUCUUGCUUGGACUCACAUGGGCGUUUGGUCUCCUCUUUAUCAACGAGAAAACAUUGAUCAUGGCCUAUCUGUUCACCACCUUCAACGCCUUCCAGGGCAUGUUCAUCUUCAUCUUCCACUGUGCACUGCAAAAGAAGGUCCAUAAGGAGUACAGUAAAUGUCUGCGUCACUCCUACUGCUGCAGCCGCACUUCCAACAACAGCUCCCACGGUUCCCUGAAGAACUCCGGCCUGCGUGCCAACAACCGCUACUACAGUGGCAGCCAAGCUCGCCACGCAGCGGCCCACAGACAGAGUCGGAUUCGUAGGAUGUGGAACGACACGGUUCGAAAGCAGACAGAAUCCUCCUUCAUGGCAGGAGACAUAAACAGCACCCCGACACUCAACAGAGCGACCAUGGGCAACCACCUUUUGACCAACCCGGUGCUACAGAAUCGCUCUGGCACGUCUCCGUACAACACUCUGCUGGCUGAAAGCUUCACCCCGCCCUCACCUGGAGUGUUCAACUCCACAGGAACCUUUCGUGACCCAAAAAGUACCCUUUCUAAACCCUGUGACCCCUGCGGAAUGGAAACCCUCCCCUUAAAUGGUAACUUCAACAACAGCUACUCCAUGCGCAGCGGCCCAUCGGGUGGAGGUGGGGGCAGCUGUGACUUCUUAAAUAGUGGAGGCGGCGACACUCCUCCGCCCAUCUUCAACCCCCGAAGCACAGAGACCCUGGGAGGCGGAGGCGUCCGACGAAACCUCUCUGACGCUGCCGCCUUUGAAAAAAUGAUCAUCUCUGAGCUUGUGCAUAACAAUCUGAGAGGUGGUGUGGGUGGAGGAGGCGACUUAACGGACAGAGCAUAUGGAAGUCUGGUCGGUCGAGGAACAACUGUUCCUGGGACUGAACCUUCAGUGAGUCUGGAUGAAGACGAUGAGUUUUUAAGAGAUGAACGGCAGCGAACGCCGCAGGAUGUUGAGCUGCUUUACAAAGCUCUGGAGGAACCUCUGCUGUUGCAACGCGCCCAGUCGGUCCUCUACCAGAGCGAUCCAGAGGAGUCGGAGAGCUACACAGCCGACCUAACGGAAAGCCUCGGCCACAGCGGUCAGAGUGGUGGGCAGGGGGGCAGCAGAGCGCCAGACUCCCCUGCUCAUGACUCCCUGUACACCAGCAUCACCAACCUGCGAGACUCUCCCUACCCUGACAGCAGUCCUGAGCCACUGGAGGUAGUUCCUCGUUCAGCUCAGCCCCCUGAAGAGCUGUACUACAGCUCUGGGCGGCCUGCCCUGGGUUCUCGUGGAGCCCCCAUGCAGACCUUCUACCAGGCCCCAUCUCAAAGACCGAUUGGGGAGGGACACCAGGCUCAGGAGUCAGUCCACAAUGAGGGAGACGGACAGAUGCAACUGGUCACCAGCCUGUGACUGGAGACUGAAACAGGACGCAGGAGACUGAUGUAAUGGCCAGAGCCUCCUCUUAGCCAGUCUCUGUCUUGUGUCUCCACUCGAUGCUUGUUUGGUUGCCUUUCUUUCUCUUGACUUUUAUUUGACUUCCAGAUGUGCAAACAGAAAGACUUUUCUGGGGAGUCACUGCUGACUCUCCCCCCAUCAUCUAGAGAUGAGUGGUGAGGGGUUUUGGCAGAGUUCUUUAUCUCUGGCAAACCUCGGCUAGCCCCAGUUUCUGGUACCCCAAGGCCAGUCCAGCACUCUGAAUGUACCAACGCCCCCCCGGAUGUUUCGAAACUUUAAAACUUUGUUCCAUUUGUUUUAAUGUAGUUUUCCAUCAGACCGGCCUACAGAGAUGAGGAUGUUGUUUAAUAUUUUGUUCUCUUUUUUUUUCAGGUCAUCAUUUGAUAGGGGUAGUUAGCUGUGGAGACAGGGAAUAUUAUACACCACUGAUACCUGAAACAUCUCAUAGAGAGCUCUUCGUUGUUGCCAAAAAUAUUUUAUUGAGCCAGAGCAGAAACUAGAACAUUCGCAAGACACACACACACACACACACACACACACACACACACACGGUCUUAUUGAGAAGUGCUUGUUUCUGAACAUCAGAGGUGAAGACGAGCUUUUUAGGUAGUUGCCUUUGUUUCGUCUCGCUGAAAACGAGAAGUGCACUGAGGUGGAGGACAGGUGGACACAGAGACUGAGGAGGCGCUGUACCUCCCAUCCAGAGCAGGAGAGCCCAUGCCCCUCUGACUGGGGAACUCUGGAUGUUUGCUUUAGGCCUUUGAAAAACAAAGUGACUGCCUUGUUAUUGUCUGAAGAGAGUAUUCAGUUUGCUCCCACCAGGCAGCAAGUGGAGAUGGUCACGCCCUUCCCUCGUAUGCUGCUGGUUGAGGCUUGACUGAAACGAACUUCCUGUGUGUUCUUGUGACAAACAGGACUUUAGACGUCGCAGACGCACUGACCAACAAUUGGUACAACCAUGUAUAUAAGAAGCAAACUUCUUUAUUCCUACUCUGUAAAUAAAACACCAGAUGAUCAAAAGCAACAAAAGUAAUAAAUACUAUGAAAACAACUUCUUGUACUACAACAACUUGUUGAAGGAGAAGAAUAAAAUGUUUCGGAGUUUGUGACCAGAAUGAAACACGCUAUCUCUCUCCCCCAGUCCUUAAUCUCUCUCGCUCUUUUUUUCUUUUUUUUUAACAAAUAUUUCUUUUUUUUUUUUUUUUUUUUGCUGUUUUAUUAAAUCUUCCUGUACACAUCUUUAGUGAUCCAAUAGAAAGAGAGAAAGAGCGAGAGUGAUUAGGACGGACAUGAGGUUUUUAUUUAAACUAAUGAAAAAUGAAACAAAAAAUACCUACUGGCACAAUUUUUAUACAGCAUAAUCAUUCCCAUGAUGCUAAUGUUUAACAUCGACAUUCCUUAGGUUGAAUUUCCAAACACGGUGGGAGAGUGAGGAAGAGAGAUGGAUCAAUGUGGACGAUUAAUGGCAUCCAUGAGGUGAUUCGGUUGGCUCUUGUAUUGAUUUAAGCAGAUUUCAUUCUUCUACCAACCUGGGUUUUAGCAUGUGUAAUAAUGACAUUUGUUCUGCUGUCAGAAAAUAUUACACUGUGCUGUUUCUGAAA